AUGAAUGGCCGAAAGGCUGCUCUCGCGACGGGAAGUUUUCUGGCGUUCGGGAUUCUCUUAAUAGUUUUACAGCAGCCAACUGGAAGACCUGUGACGGACUCCGAUUUCAAACCUAUUCCAUACACUAACCUAGCAAAGUGUGAGCGAAGCACUCAAGGAGAGAUCAACUGCCCUGACAUUCGUCACGAAGGAAAAACUCGGCUUCGCCAAGCUCAACUUGUUCUUACAAGGAUUUUAAGAAUCUUUGAUCUCAUCGCUAAAAAACAUGGCAUUAGAUACUGGUUACACAAAGGAACUUUGUUAGGCGCUGUACGGCACAAUGGACAUAUUCCUUUCGAUAAUGACGUAGAUAUCUGUAUUCCCAAAGGUGACUUCGAAAACUUCGUCGAAAACGGCACGAAAGACCUCCCCGAUGACAUAUUUUUUCAAACUGAAGAAACCGACCCUCAUUGGAAAGUUCCGUAUGUGAGCGGAAUGCUGGGAAAGCUACGUGACACACGAAGUUGUUUAAAGUCUUGUAGCGGAGGUUGCAAAUUUAAUGACGGGUUAAUGCUGGAUAUGUUUGUUGUGGAGAGUGAUUCAAGCGGUAAUUUCAUAGAGGUCUACACUUCCCGAGUGUGGUUUCUACGAGGGUAUAUCUACGCUCCAUUUGUAAGAACACCGAGCGACAUUUUCCCCCUUACCCAAGUAAAUUUCGAUGGCUUUUCUCUUCCAGCUCCGCGAAAAUGGAAGAAAAUUCUAAAGUCACUUUACGGUGAUGAUUUCAUGACCGUCCGUAAAAGGCAGUCUCUUGGACAUCUUGUUACAGAUACACUUCACAGAUGCAAAGAGAAACAAAAAUAG